AUGUCUUCCUCCCCUGUUCCUUUCAAAUCUGCUCCCAAGAAGUUCAUCAAACGUCCUGAUGAUAAAGCCCUCAAGGCCGAAAUUGACGAGUUAAAGAAUGAAAUCAAGAAAUUGGAUCUUUCCAACAAUGAUCUUAAUGGCCAAAUCUCCAAACUCCAAAUCGACCAACUGGUUAUGGACAAGAGAAACAAGUUGCAAGCUGAAUUGAAAGGGUUGAUUGCCAAACAAGCCAACGUCAAGAAUGAACGUAAUGCCAUCAACGACCAAAUCAAGGCCGUUGACGCGCAAUUAAAGAAGAGAAUUGCCGAAAUUCAAGCUCAAACUUCCAAGAACUCAUUCAAGAAUGUCGAAGAAAUCGAUGCUAGAAUCAAGUACUUGGACGGUUUAAUCGAUGCUGGUGACUUGAAGUUGGCCGAUGAAAGAAGAUUUGUCAAGGAAAUGUCUGGUUUACGUAAGUUGCGUAAGGAUUUUGGUGGUAUUGAAAAAAUCCAAGCCUUGAUUGACCAAGAUAAGGAAAAAAUCGCCGAAUUAAAGAAGAAGUUGAGUGGGGUCCAAAACAAGGAAAUCCAAGCUCAAUUUGAAGCUAUUCAAAAGGAAUUGGAUGAAAUAAACGAAUCCAACAAGACCAUCAUUUCUCAAAGAAACGAAUUGUACGACAAGAGAGCUGCCGUCAAGAAGCAAAAGGAUGAAAAGUAUGAUCAAAUUAGAAAAUUGAGAGUUGAAUUUGACGAAAAGUUCGCCAACUUCAAGAAACAAUUAGCUGAAGAAAAGAAGAAGCGUGACGAAGAAUACAAGGCCAAGCUCUUGGAAGAAAAGCAACAAAAGAGAAAGGAAUUUGCUCAACAACAAUUGGCUGAAGCUUCUAUUCCUGCCUUCACUGCUGAAAUCAACUCCAUCCACAACUUGUUGGCUCAUUUCGACCCAACCUAUGUUAAGCCAGCUCCAAAGAAGGCUUCCAAUGGUGAAUCUUCCACCCUCCCAACCAAUGACAAUAUCAGAAAGGUUGAAUUCCCAGAAGAUUUGGUUGUCAUUAAGAAGGAACAAGAAGAUUUCUUCACUGGUUCCAAGUCCAAGAAGUCUGCCAAGCACAAGAAGAAGUCCAAGAACUUCAAUGUCGCUCCAGAUGUCGUUGUUGCUUUAAGUGACUUGUCCAUUCCAUUCCCAACCAAGGAAGAGGAAGUUGAACCAACCGUCAAGAUCUUGAAGGAAACUUUGGUUGCUCUUGAAGAAAAGCAAGAAGAACAAACAAAGACCAACAUUGAAAAGGCCAAGGCUAGAAUCGCCAAGUUGGAAGCUGAAGAAGACGCUGCCGAAGCUGCUGAAGAAGCUGAAACCGCUACUCCAGAAGUUGAAGUUGAAGCUGAAGAAGUUGACGCUUGA